CAUGCGAAAUGUGCCUUUAGGAUGGAAUCUUACAAGAAGAGAAAGGAAAAUUCCACGAAUGGGGCUUCAGAAAGCUUUAAGAAGCCAAAGAGUGAUUUCGAGGGUGAACUUUUGAGUCACUAUUUCCUCUCAGAGGAAUUUAAAGCAAAAUUUAUCGGUGCAUAUAGGAAUGAAGAGGAUUUUAAUGAGAAUGGAUGUGUGAUUCAUACCAAACCAUUCAAGUGCUGCUUUAUUCCUAAUUUUAUAUCGGAUGAGAAAUUUCUAAAGAGUUUAGAGCAAGAUCUUCUCAAGUUAAAUUUUUUUGAAAAAUCAAAUGAUUUAUAUAAAUUUCACAAGAGUGAUGAUCUUAAGAAGUCUUCAAAGUUGAGCGUAUCUUCUUUAAGGAAUACCCUAUACAAUGACUUUAGAAGAUGGCUUCAUGAGAUCACAGGGUUUGUUGAUCUGACUGACCAAGUGGAUAUGUCCUGUGCUAAAUAUGAGCAUACUGAACAUGGUCAGCCAGAUCAGAUCACAAAAUCUCUGGUUCCACAGCGGAACUCACUGGUGUUUUUUGAAGUUACACCUGUUUCAUUCCAUCAGGUUUCAGAGGUGUUGUCUCUCAGUAAAACCAGGCUGUCAAUUAGUGGAUGGUUCCAUGGGAACAUCAUUAACAGGCUCACACCAUAUCAGGAGCCACACCCAAAAUCACUCAAACCCUGCACUUUAGAGGAUGAGGCACUCGUUGAUUGGGUCAAUCCUAUGUACCUUGACACAGGUGUGGUCAAAGAUAUAAGAGCAAGGUUUAAAGAUGAAUCUGAAAUACAGUUACAAGAAUUUCUUUUGGAGAAUAAAUAUGGGGAAAUUCUGGAAGCAUUGCGUGAUGAUAUGAUAAAAUGGAAGUAUCAAGGACCCGCAAAUAAGAGACAUUUUGAGCAAGCUAACACAGAGUCAGCUCCAUCUGUUGUACAACAGCUCAACAAGCUACUUCAAUCUAAGCCAAUGUUCAAAUUACUCAGAACAAUGACUGGACUGGAAAUGGCUGAUGUACCACUCAGUGAUGAUGAGGAUGAUGAUGACGACGACAGUGAAGUGGAGGAAAACAGUGCAGAGACCAGUAAUAACAGAGGCGAAUCUUCAAAGCGAGGCCCUUGUUGCCAUGGUAGCAUCAGACGCUGGACUCACGGUUGUUAUACUUUAGUUCACGACACUGAUCCUGAAGGCGAAGAAUUAGCUUUGGACGUCAUGUUAUACGUUGGUGGAAAAGGGUGGAAAACCGAUUAUGGUGGUUACACCACGUAUUUAACGAGCGGCGAAGAUGAGGAGCUUCUAACAGUCCAUCCUCAAGAGAAUUCUUUGGCCUUGGUUUACAGAGACAAGGAGACAGUGAGAUUUGUGAAACACGUGAAUCACUCGGUGCAAACUGACGAGGGAACGGCAAAUAGAGACAGCAAAUUCUUUGACUUCUCUUUCGUGUAUUUUGAAUGAGAUUCUUACGAAAGUUACUCAUAUGAGUCAAGACUCAAAAAUUUUAUCAGUCUCACUUGGUGUAUUGCUCACUGGAGGCACGCAGCAGCAAGAAGACAGUGACAUUUGAAGGUGCAUUUUUCGACGCAUUUAUUGCGUCUAGCCAGUCUCCUUAGAAGGCUGUUCUCUAGUCUUCAGUCAAACAUUUUGAAGAAAAACUGCGAUUGCCAAGUAAGGUUCAUGACUCACUAGAUGAGAUCGAAAUAUUGGCAGUUCUAUCCCGCUUUUUGAUUCAAUCCUUUUUUCCCUACCGCAUGUCUCAGAGAUUCUUUCGGAAAGAAUUUUUCGUUGGCAAAGACCUGUUACUCUACAGCCGUAGUAGAUCAUCUGGUGAUUCAAAAUGAGAAGUACCUCUCCAGACUACGUGAAGUCCUUCUCCGUUCUCGGAUUGGUCAAACUUAAACUCGGGCCCUUCUAUGAAUGGUGACGUAACCCAUAGACUCAGUGACGCCCUCCUGGAUCCCAGUCUUCUCGCGGAUAACGGAGGCAUAGUUGAUGAAUUCGGCUUCAACAUCGAUGAAAGUCACAUUGGUAUAUCUGACGUCACUUUGAUGUAUAAUGCUUUGCAACAUGCAACAUGUGAACUUUGUCCGACGAAGUCCAAUGUAGUGAUUUUUUUGUCCCACCGGUAGCUCCAUCUAGUCCCAAGAAAUGAUCUGCAGAAAAUAUGUUUGCGAUGCCAACCUAUCAGAUUUAACAAUAUUACAUAAAGCAAGCAUGGACGUUGAUAGAAAUCCGACAGUGAAUUCUGUAAAAGCUAACUACGAUACAAAAAAAAAAAGGAAACCACUAUGAAGUA